AUGGCAGAGUCCGACCUGCUCCAGUGGACCACCGUCCUCAUUCUGACCGCUCUUUUACUUGCCGCCAUCGUCCUCGCCCAGAUCGUCUCCGUUUAUACAGCCUACCAAGUGGCGCCGCAGGAGAUCGCAACUUUCGUUGACACGGCCGACUUUUCCUCCCAGGAGAAUGAGUCGUAUGAUCGCGACGUCUCCAAGGUGCAGCGUCUAGAUGAGAAGCUACGCUUGACCCAGCUCCUAAGGGAGAUACAGAGGACGUGCGACGAUUUGCGCGAGGACCUCAAUGGCAUGUUGCUCGAGGAGGACGCCACCCAGAUGAGGACUGUCGCCAGGUUGCUCUGGGCGUCGAAGCGAUCGAGGCUGGAGGGUCGUGUCCGGAGGCUUGAUAUGUUGCGCAUGCGCUUUCUUGUCGUGUACAUGGGUGUCGUCGCAUUCAACACAAACACUACCAGCCAUACUGAGAAACCACAACCCCCAUCUGCGCCCAGGGACCUCGAGAAGUCGCCCGUCUUCAAGACACCACCUCGUCCAGCUCUUCCCAAAGGCCUGAUGGAGGGAAUCAUCAACCGUCCCCCCCUCCGCAGUCUGACCACGCAGGCACUCGUCGGCCACCAGGAGCACACUUCCAAACCCCAUCGCAAAGGAUGGGCAGGCGUUGUCGAGGAGCUUCAGACGUCUCCCAGGAUGCAGCAGCGCCACGCUUCUAUCGAGCGCGCAAUGUCAAGGUCCUACUCAAAGUCGCCAUGA